CCAGUGAUGAUGGUGGAAUCGGCCUCUGAGACAAUUCGAACAACACCGUCCAACCAGAACGGAGUCAGCAGCCUCAGCAGCCAAUCAGACGGAGGAGGAGGUAGAGAGGGCGGGUCUAAUGGAGACACCAACGGAGAGAUCAGUCCAGUCGACUUACUGCACCUGCAGCAACAACAGGCGAUCCAGGCAGCCAGACAGUUCCUCCUCCAGCAGGCCUCUGGACUCAACUCCCCUGGCAGCAACGAGGUCAAACAGAGCCCUGUGCAG